UAGCGCAGAAUACGGUAGUCGCCGAAGCGAUGACUGUCAACGCGGAAAUCGGCAACCUUGUAAUCGCCAUAUUGUUUGCACGCACGUUGCGUUAGCAAAGUCGUCAGAGUGGUGAUAAUAUCGUGGUGUUACAAGUGUUUGCGCGGUGUAGGCCACGGAAGAGAAAGGAAGUGUCCGGAGAAAGGAAGUUUCUAAAGAAGAACAAGAGCGCAAGAGAGUGCGAGUGAGAUUGAGAGACUGGUGACCCGGGUGCAAUGUCAUAUCACCGUGGUGGCCAGGCGGGCGCCGUAGCAGUGUCAUACAGCACCAGCCCAAUGGCACCACAUUCCCCCAGCAGACGAUGCUCCAGCGGUAGCAGCGGCACCAGCAGCUCCGCCAUCGGCACCUCCACCUCCAAGCUGAAUACCUAUCGAUCUCCUGGCACUUCGUCGAUCCUAGAUCGACCGACGAACUUCUACACUGCGUCGAGCAGCUCGGGCUUUUGUUCGAGCUACACGUCCGAGUACAGGCGAUCCUACUGCCCGUCAAGAAGUUUCUACUCGUUAACGACGACGGGCACGAGCAUCCGCAAGAACUACGUGCCGGAGUACAGCCGGUCUCGCUGCUCACCCGCAAGGUCAGUUUCGUCGUCGGCGUACAGCAAUACGGGCACCGGGGGCGGCAGCACGUCCACCACGAACGUGACAGCGAACGGGACCAGCAGCGGUGGUAGAUACGGCCUGUCCACGUCGUCGUCCUCGUCGAGCAUCUCCCUAUCGUCGAGGGACAGAGGAGCGCAAGAAUCGUCGUCAUCAAGGCACGAUACAGCAGUGAGCAGCGCUGCGGACAUAAUCAGCAAGUACUCGCCGUCCGGUUACGUGCCAAACAUCCGCCAGACGAGCAACACCAGCGGCGGAUCGCACCAUUGGAAACACCAUUCGACGGGUUCCUCGUUGACGGAGCUGUUCGGCGGGGACGAACGCGACGUCGAACGGACCAGAGACCGUCCCGAGUCCUCGCUCUCGUCGUCUUCCUCGUCGUCCUCCGCCGCUGCUGGCGGUGCACUCUGGUCCAGGUCGAAGAGAGGAGGAGGACCACUGUCCAGCAGCACGGUGCUUACCAGCGGGCAUGUACGCGCGGAGAGUGCCGCGUCGCCUGGCGAGGUAACGAACGACGAGCGCGGCACCGCCCGCGACCUAGACGAGGACGACAACGACGUCGACGAUGACGACGACGACGACGACGACGACGACGACGACGACGACGACGACAACGACGAGAACGAUAAUACCGACGACGAUCAGCAUAACAACAACAGCAAUGGGAAUAACAGCGGCGCUGAGGAUGCUUGCGGUUACGGAGUUAACAACAACGACGACGCGCUCGACGACGACGACGACGACAUAGACGACGACAAUCUGAACAACCGCCAUCACCACCAACAACGCGCCGCUCAUCGAACCGACGAGGUCUCGCCCGCUAAGCAUAAUAACCUACUGUCGCCCAUUCCCGGUGGUGUUGGCGGUGCUGGUUUUAUCGGUGUUAAGCUCGAGCUGCUCACUAACCUUGACACUAACACGAGUAACAUGGAUCUGAUGAUCAAUAACGGCCAGGACAAAGUCACGCGGCCCGAGGACGUCGAGAUCGAGGAGAACAGCGAGGUAAUGCGCGGCAUCGACGAUACAAUCGCGUUCCUUCAAGGCGGUCACGCGGACGAUCCGGAUAUACGUCGCGACCCCGAGGAGCAACGAAAUGCGUCCACCUCGUAUGUUAUCGAUCAUACAAGGUUCGGCGGAGGCGCCACGCCGCCUAUUCUGCAAAACGGCGUAGCCGGAAGACCCUCUGGUAGCUACGGGGACGAUUCGGCCGUGCCAUCCACGUCCAGAAGACCGGACAGUCAUUUCUCAGGAAGCACGAACGCUGCUGGUAGUAAUUUGACCUCCUCGCCCACUGCAUCGUCCACGGCACACCAGAGUGUCUAUCGCGGGGUCGUCGAACAGUUUGACGGAAGCCCGACAAAUAAAUCGACACGUAAUCGGCUACAAGCGCAUCGUGACGAGCGAUGCGGGUUAAAUGGGUUGCGAAAUAUUGGGAACACAUGUUUCAUGAACAGCGUGAUUCAAUGCUUGAGUAACACGAGACCAUUGCUAGAGUAUCUAUUAAACGAGCAAUAUCUGGCGGACAUAAAUACCACCACGUCCAGUAUGAAGGGUGCCCUCAUAAAAGCGUUCAGCCAGGUGAUCCACGAAUUGUGGGAGGUUGGUGGUGAUCACGUGGUGAACACAACGGCGCUCAAGUCUCAGAUACAAAGAUUCGCCCCGCGUUUCAUGGGGUAUAGCCAACAAGAUGCUCAAGAGUUUCUCAGAUACUUGCUCGAGGGAUUACACGAGGACGUGAACAGGGUCACGGUGAAGCCACAGCCGAUACACACAGAUAUACCUGAAAUGUACACGGACAGCCAGAAGGCCGUAGAGAGCUGGAAACGUUAUCUCCGCAGCGAGGAUAGUAUGAUAGUGGAUGUGUUCGUUGGUCAAUUACGCUCCUCGUUGCGCUGCACCUCCUGUGACCAUGUGUCCGUAACGUUGGAUCCUUUCUGGGACUUGAGUCUGCCGAUACCAACGAGAAGUGGCACGGUGAAGUUGAGUCAGUGUCUGGAACAUUUUACCAGAGAAGAGGUUCUCGAUGGCGACGAGAAGCCCACCUGUUCCAAGUGUCAGAUGAGGAGAAAGUGUACCAAAAGCUUCAGCAUACAAAAGUUCCCGAAGAUCCUCGUUAUUCACUUGAAACGUUUCUCCCCCAUGGAACGAUUUCGCGGCAAGCUAAACGUAAUGGUGGACUUUCCGUUGACGGGAUUGGAUCUCAGUGCCUUUGCCGCCCCCAGAGUUCCGGGCUGUACAUACAAUUUGUACGGAGUCGCGAAUCAUUCGGGUACCACGUACUCCGGCCAUUACACCGCGUAUUGCAAGCAUCCGUACUCGGGGGAAUGGCACGAGUACAACGAUAGCCGUGUGUCCGUCGUUUCAGCGCGAUCGGUCGUUUCCAGCGAAGCCUACGUGUUGUUUUACGAACAGCAGCCUCACAGCUCUCACUUGUAACCUUACGCCAUGCUUAGAGUUAAACGACCAUCUUGCCUCUCGAUACCUCAGUCCAGCAUAGUGUAAUAAAUACUACUUUAUCGUUUGGUAUUGAAAAGCGACUAAACACUGAACGACCAACCGGGUCGUUUUCGAGUCGAGAAAUACGGAGCGCGUGUACGAUGUGACAUUGGCGAUAAUCAUGUCUUCUCGAGUAGAUUUCUUUUUUUCUUCGGGCCGCAGAAUCUUCGAUUGGCCCCAAAGAUCCCCUUCCCUACGGCUUCUUUAGUGACCGGACGCUUUUAUGUAUUUUUGAAGGAACUAUGGAAUACGAGUAGCCUUCAGCAUACGUAAGAGAUGCUUUCACGCGAGGCGAUACUUUCGAAUUACAUUCUCGGCCGAAAUAUCGCUAACAAGGAUUGUAAUCAUUGUGCGUUCUUUUUUCGAUUUGUUUUUAUCGUUUCUUUUUUUUAUAGAAUAUGUGUCUGUCGUAUGUUUCACGGACGAGUUUUGCCAGACAAAAGUAUAUAUACGUACAUACAGAUACUUCUGUAUUUGAAGAAAAACGAAGAGUAAUCAUGACUUCGCCAAAGAUCACAUACGACAUAAUGCGCUUCGGAUGUCUAGUUACUUUUGAAUAGACGAUAUAGUAACAUCUAUCCUCACACUCUUCACCUGGCAAUCUACAGCUAUUUACUUUUGUAAAAUAUUUUGUUUAAUAAUAUAUCACAGUCAAGAGUUAUUUAUUUAAUUUAUGGAAAGAGAAAACUGAUAAAAUAUUAAUAUAUUCGAUAUUGACGAAUAUAAUAUAUAUAAAUAUAUAAAUAUAUUAUUAUACGUAUUACAUACCAAUAAAAGUAACACAGAUUAAGGGAAAAAUAACGAACGAACUAAAUGUCUUUAUUUUUCAUGAAUUCAACAAAAUUCCUACGUUACUUUCUCUUCUUUCCCUUGCCUACAAAUAUUAAUCGUUGAUAUAAAUUAAUUGCAUCGGAUAAUUACGAGAAAGAAAAGAAGAAUUGGUGCAACAUUUAUAAAAAAUUGUACUUUUUUUUUUUUAUCGUCCAUUCAAACGUACUAUGUAUACGCUUUAAACGCGGUAUCGUAUCCGGUGAAAUUAUCGUUUGAAUGUGUCCCCUAUUUUAAAAAUUAAACAUUGCUUUUAAAUAAAAGUCUGUAAAAAUUCCAUAGACCUAUUGGUAUUGA